CUUAUCACCUGCUUGACAAUGCUUCGGCUUCAGCCAUUGAUCGGUCUCUUGCUGAUCAGCCUUGCUCAUGGCGACUACUGCCCCAUUUUGUUCAGUCCUCUUGAUGUGGUGGCUGAAUAUGGAGCUUCAUUUUCAGUGAACUGCUCCGUCAACAGCAUCACACAUCAAUUUGGUUUGAACUGGGAGGGAUUUAAUAACACAAUGGAGGACAGUGAAGAGAUCUCCAGAAUUGUGGAUAAAGUGACAGACUGGGAGAUGAAUGUAACGUGUUACAUGCACUCUAAUGAAACACAGUGUUCACAGGAUCUUCCAAUUACUAUUUACAAGACUCCAGACAGUGUGUUCAUCAGUGUGAAUCACAGCGGACCAAUGAUGGAGGGAGAGCCGUAUGAGCUCCAGUGUGACAUUCACAAUGUGGCUCCUGUUCAGGAUCUCACUGUCCACUGGUACAAAGGACAGACUCUGCUGGAUCAAACUACCUUCCCUGAAGCUAGCAAGACUCCAGUGAAUGAAACAGCCACACUCCUGAUCCGUCCAGACAGAGCUGAUGAUGGAGUUCAAUACAGGUGUGAAGCAAAGCUGGAUCUGGGAGCAGAAGGACCUCCUAAUUCUACAGAAUCAGCUCUCAAUGCUGAAGUUUACUAUAAACCACAACACUCCAGUUCAACAGAGACCAUCAUUAAAGACGAUAAGGUCAUGCUAGAUUGUACAGUGAAGGCAAACCCGGCCCCUACGUACACAUGGGAUCAUCUGAAAGAGAAGAACAGCUCCUCAGAGCUCAAGUCCUCAGCACUCAGUCCAGGAAACUACACAUGCACCGCCACAAACACUCUGGGAAGAGACAGCAAAGUGUUCAUCGUCAAAUCUACAGACAGUCGAUGUCCUGUUCAAAUCAUCCCAUGGAGAGCUGUUGUGAGGUACGGCGACAGUGUUUCUGCUGACUGCAAAACUUCAGUCCUGCAUAAAGGGAUGGGAUGGGAAGCCAGUGAGGGAGCAGUGCCCAUGACCAAAAACCAGAAUCUGAUCACAUGGAGAGUGUCAGAACUGACAGAAUGGGACAUAAAGCCAUUCUGCUACAUAAACUAUAAAAUAGGCGAUGAGGAUCAGUGUCAAGAAGAGCUCCCAGUCACUGUUUACAAGACUCCAGACAGUGUGUUCAUCAGUGUGAAUCACAGCGGACCAAUGAAGGAGAGAGAGCCAUAUGAGCUCCAGUGUGACGUUCACAACGUGGCUCCUGUUCAGGAUCUCACGGUCAAAUGGUACAAAAGACAGACUCUGCUGCAUCAAACCACCUUCACUGACACUAGCGAGACUCCAGUGAAUGAAACUGUCACACUCCUGAUCCGUCCAGACAGAGCUGAUGAUGGAGCUCAAUACAGGUGUGAAGCAGAGCUGGAUCUGGGAGCAGAAGGACCUCAACCUCAUCCAACAAUUUCAUCAAAACCUCUCAGCAUUACUGUAUAUUUUGCUCCACAAAUUCAAUUUUGUAGUGACUGGUCACCAUUGACAGAGACCUCAUUGGAUUCAUAUCCUUCAAAUUUACAUUCUGUCGAGGGUAAACCUCGUCCAGACAUCUCCUGGAGACACAAAUCAUCAUCAGUCAAUUCCUCUAUGCCUCUUACCAGACAUGAUUCUGGCCUAUAUGAAAUCAUUGCCAGGAAUGACCUUAGUACUGUCAGCUGUUUCAUGACGAUAACAGUCGAGUAUCCUCCAGAACUGAACUGCAACAAGAGCUAUGAAGUAAAAGAAAAAACACUCUUCAAACUUCCUUGCAUAGCCGAUGGAUUACCAAAGCCUGAAUGUUUCCUCUACAAAAAUGGAAAAAUUAUCCAGCAUGACUUUUAUCUCAAUUGGAAUGAUAGCGGCUGGUAUCAAUUAACUGCACAUAACCAACGUGGAGCUAGUAAUUCUACAUUCACCAUCAACAUCCUAUAUGCCCCAGUGUUUUAUGACAGCCAAGAGAAAUUUGUUGUGGGAGAAGACAGCAAUAUAACGCUAGAGUGCUACUCGACUGGUAACCCAGAACCUGAGGUAUGGUGGAGCUUCAAAAAUAGGAACAUCUCCACUGGGAGGCGACACAUAAACAUUGAGAGAGCCACGUCUACCAGUGCUGGAGUUUAUACAUGCAGUGCCACGAAUAAAUUUGGACGCAGUGACAAGACCUUUAUAGUGGAGAUAACGGGUUUGGGCUAUGACUUUCCCUACUACAUUCUAAUUGUUUUAGGAGUAUUUGUACUGCUUGUUUUAAUCAUCCUUUUAGUGGUUUUAAUGUGGAGAAGGAGAAAAUCAAGAGGACAUUAUGAAAUACAGUCAGAAAUGCAGCCGUUAAGCAAUGGGGGCCCUAAGUGAGUUUUAUCUUGUUUUAAUAAGUUGAAAUAUGCUUACAUUGAAAAAAGACAAUAUACU